AUGCUUUCGCGUCAUGUCUCCAGCUCUCCGUCACCCUCUUCCGUACCACCUCCUUCGGGUCACCCUCCGUUUCCGUCUCCUUCGUCCAAAUCUCUUCCGCUUUCAGUCGCCUUUCUUUCCCCAGCUGGACAGUUGAGAGCCUUUCCCCGCGGCCUUUGUCAGCCUUGUGGAAGCCGUCGUCAAGCGUCUGGACAUUCUUCAGAACCAGGCGCAUUUGCUGGCGUUCUACAUCGAGUUCGAACAGCGCCUGACCCGCCUGUGGGCGCAGAGAGAAGCGCAGGAGACAGCGAGGUCGUCUGUCGAGGCCAAGAGGCAUCUCUCUUUUCUUCCCCUUCUCAGCGAAGUUUCUCUCUCGUCGGACAGAAGCCGCGGGCCUCUCUGUCCCUCCUGGUGUCUCCUGUGCAGUCCGGUGCGGAAGCACAUCCCCUAACAUCUCCUGUGUCCACGCGUUCGUCUUUUUGUUCUUCUCUGUUUUCUUCCUGUUCGCCGCCUGAACUACCCGCCUCUUCAUCUGAAAUACCCUCUGCUUCAUCUUCUCCGUCUUCAUCUUCUUCGCCCUCGUCGGGCGCUGCCUUUUCUUCCCCGCGACGUUCUUUAGAAGACGGGAGGCGCGGGCACCAGUUUGCGCAGACUGGCCAAGAAGAGAUCGUUUCUCUGCCGCCUGGAGAGCUGCCGACAGUGUCGUGGAAAGACGUGAAAAACACCGUGGAGGGCCCCCCCAAGCCGCCGCUGUUUGUGACGCCAGACGGCGGAUUCGAUCCAGAUCGGCCCAAGCCGGAGGAACCGUUCGGGAACCUCGCCGCCCUCGACGCCGCGACUUCGCUUCUUCUUCAGCUGCCGCAUUCCCUCCCGGACGACAGGCUGCGGCGACUGCAGCGGAGGAAUCUUCAGCCGAGCGGAUCUCGCCCGGACGAGGACGAGGGAGAAGGCGCGAAAGCCGAAGCGGGAGAGAGCUCGAGGGCGCCGGCGACUCAGAGCUCGGGCAUGCAGGGACGCGAGCGCUGGGGCGAAGAACGAACCUUACCAGAAGACCUGACCGCUCUCGACAUCCAGGAAGCUGAAGGGGGGGCGUGGGUGCGCGGCAAGUGGAUGAGCGACGAAGAGAUCGACCUGGCCAUCGAAGCAGGAGAGCAACGAAUCAUGCCGCUCGUUGCGGAGGUCCAAGCUGAAAUAGAAGAGAGAGAGCGGAAACAGGAAGCACGCGAGAACGCAGAAGAGCACCCACACUUCACGGAUGAAGAAAUUGACCGAAUGGACAUCUUCGAGUUAAAAGACGAACUGCGCUUGCGAGGGUAUCGAACCUCGGGGCCGCUCGAGACCGUGCGCCUUCGGCUGAAGCAGGCCGUGCGUGACGGGCCGCGCGUCUUCGAGGAAGGCACCCAAGACGAGUAUCCUGACAACCCCCUCACCCAGUCGUUCAUCGAGGACUCGCAGCGAGCUGCGCAAACCUAUCAAGACGCACUCGACGAGAUCUCGAAGCCGGUUGAAAACCCCGCAGACCCCGCCCAAGUGAUUCGCCGUUGGAUCGCACGUACCGAGCUCUGUAACGCGGCUGAAGACCCUGUUUCGUACUUUCACCUGGACGCAGCCAUGAGUGACCAACGAGUGUCGGCCGCCGACGUGGCACAAAUCGAGGAGCGCAUGGACGAGGAGGAACGCGAACUGACAGACGAGGAAAAGAGAGAACUCUUCGAACAGCAAAGACAUGACCUCAUGGCGGAGACAGUGCCCAAGACUUUCCAGGCGCGCGACGACGACUGCAUCGUUGCCGACGCGCCCUUGCAGCAUGUGGAGAGCGAGUGGGACCACCUCACCAUGGAAGAACGGAAACGCAUGUACCUCGAAGGCAAUCCAAACGGGGUCGUCACCGAAACCGUCCAGAGCCUGGCCGAAGCGUUCGCAGUGCCUGAGGAUUUCAUUGGCGACUUCCUCUGUCGCCAGGGCGUGCAGCCGCCGGUGCCGGUCGACGUGCCUCUCAAGGACCUGACGGAUCCGGCAGCAGUGUGGAAUCUGAUCGAAUAUUUGCAGGUUCAAGACCCUGCUCAAAUCCACAACAUGUAUCCUCUGGACACGGUCGAACAUAUCGCCGGGGAAUUUGGCUGCCCCGUCCAGUACAUUUUCGAUGCAUGCGAGGCCCUCAAGAUCAAGCUUCCGUUUGGAGCGCAGUCUCGCUUGAAUGUGGAGUGCUACGACGCUGUCACGGCAUUAGUGGAGAAAAUGCUUUUCCCCGGGAAGAAAGAGCCGGGAAAUGUCGUACAAGAGGUUGUGGGUUGA